AUGUCUACUCUAAACGUUCUAAGAUAUUCUGCAUUGGCACUAGGUGUUUUCGUAGGUGUCAAGACUGACUUUUCACUAAAAUCUGAAGCUGCUAAGAAGAGUGAAGAAAAUGAAUAUGCUGCUAAAUUGAAAUUGAUCGAACAAGCCAAGGAACAGUACGCCAAAUUGCAUGCCAAAAAGGAGGCCCCAAAGACCUCAGGUGAAAAAUUCGAUUUGGAGGACCCCAACUUGGAUUAUGCCUCUGUUAUUCUAAGUGCCGUCGAUUCAUUAAAGCAAUGA